AUGGCACGCGACGAUGAUAUUCUCACCGAUGUCCCGGGCACUGUUUACUUGGUAGAUGCAUCCCACUCCCUCCAGAAUGCUGCCCACGCUGGAAAGCAGGAUAUUCUCCUCCUUCCACAGCCAACCAGCUCUCCAGCUGAUCCACUGAACUGGUCACGCGCGAAGAAAUUAUGGUCCCUCUUCUUGAUAUCAUUCUAUGCCUGCGUGUUCUCGUUCGGCGAGAAUAAUUGGGGUGCAAGCUGGACUUUGAUAUCGGAUAGUACCGGUGUCAGUCUGACCAACAUGAAUGGCGGUAGCGCGGUGAACUACCUGCUGCUGGGUUUCUUCAACAUCAUAUGGAUUCCCACGGCGAUGAAGCUGGGCCGUAAGAUAGUCUAUAUUCUCAGUCUGAUUUGUCUCCUAGGGGGCAGUGUCUGGGGAGGCUUCUAUACUGGCACGGGCCAGUACUAUAUCAUGUUGGCAAUUCAAGGUAUUGGAACUGCGGCAUACCAGGCUUUGAUUCAGCUUACGAUCUUUGACAUGUUCUUCACACAUGAACGUGGUCGCAUGGUUGCAAUCUACAUUUUCUUCCAACAGCUGGGUUCUAUUCUGGGCCUUAUCUUGGGUGGCUAUAUCUCCGAUGGAAUUGGCUGGCGUUGGAGCUCCCCUAUCGUGGCGAUUGCUUGUGGCGUCUUGAUUCUGUUUUUCGUCUUCACAUUCGACGAUACAAUGUUCCCCAGGUAUCGCUUCAACGCACGACUAGAUCCAUUCCAAGCUAGCGCAAAGGCCGACAGCCAAGACGAGCCUGAAAAAGAUGGGCAGCUGGGGGCUCCCGUGUCAGAAGUCACUAGUAACGGUCUCGGUGUAGAUAUCACACCGCGGACCUACCGGCAAAAGAUUACAUUGAUUCACUACUAUCCCGACGAUGCGACUACAUGGUUCCAGUACUUCCGCCGUCCAUUUUACCUCUUUGCAUUCCCAAAUAUCGUGCUUGCCGGCAUCCAAUUUGCAUUUGGCUGCACUGCCGGUAUAGUCUCUUUCAACACAAUCUCGGAGAUCAUGACCGAUGCGCCGUACAAUUGGAGCGCGGGAUCGACUGGAUUGCUUUUCCUUGCUGCCCUUGUUGGUAACUUCCUCGGAAUGGGAGUCGGAUCUUUGUCUGACUGGGUGGUGCUCACUUUGGCACGUCGUAAUAAGGGAUACAAGGAGCCGGAAAUGAGGCUUUGGACGUAUAUCUUUCCAUUGAUAUUUGGCGCUGUUGGAUACUUCCUUUAUGGCUGGGCUGCUACGAAUGCCGACCACUGGAUGGCCAUAGCGGUCGCAUUGUGCUGUCUGAUUGCCCAGCAGGUGUCUAUCACGAGUAUGGCAACGGCUUAUGCGAUGGAAUGCUUUGAUGGGAUAUCGGGUGAACUUGUCGUCGUCCUAGCCAUUUGCUCAUCUCUCAUCAACUUCGCCAUCUCAUACUCGGUACAGCCAUUUAUUGAUGCGACAUCUUAUGGUUGGGCAUUCACCUUCUAUGGGAUCUUGGUGGUUUUAUCCGUCUGUAUGGGUGGCCCCAUGAUAAUCUGGGGAAAGACAUGGCGACGGAACUGCAAGCCUCGAUAUGAGCAGUUUUUGGCUGAGACUAGGCGGGGAAAUGCCUCCAUGCAAUGA